AUAGCACUGUGUUGCUAACACAGAAACACACACACACAGAAACACACACACACACACACACACACAGAAACACACACACACACACACACACACAAACACAGGUAAAGUACAUCUUUAAACGCUGUGGGAGGAGUCAUGGAGAUGGGUGGAGAAAUGGCACAAAAGAAUGAUGCUGAGGUUGGCGUUAGUGAGCAGUGCACAGGUGAUGAUGAUUCUGAGUCAGCCACGCAUGUGUGUGAAGUGUGUGGUGUGUGUUUUGAAACCAGGCGAGGGUUAUCGAGCCAUGCUCGCUCUCACCUCCGUCAGCUGGGGGUGUGUGUGUCAGAGAGCAGCGGUGCCCCCAUCAGCCUGCUGUACGAGUUGAUCACUGAGAGGGACGGGGCUUUGCCCUUUACACCUGAAAACACACACACACACAGCACCACCAUAAAGAAGAAAACACACUCCCAACAUGGAGCCAAACACACAAGUAAACAUAGAGCCAAAAACGAUUCAGGAACUAAACUGAAAAUCAAAAUUGGUCAGUUGGUGAAGAGACAGUGUGUUCCUGUCCCUACUUCACUGAGAGACUCCUCCUCUUCCUCCUCCUUUUCCUCUUCCUCAUCCUCAUCUUCCCUCCAUCACCACAAACCACUAAAACCACCCAAGACCUCUCCUACCCUCCCAGCUGUGUCCAAAACACUGGAAGGUCCACAGGAUACAGACACACCCCUUAACCUAAUGGAGAUGUCAGGUGUGUCCCAGCGUGAUUGUGUACAUGUGUGUGAGCUGUGUGGGGCAUGGUACGAGACGAAGAAGGGCCUGGUCAGUCACACUCGAACUCACCUGCACCAUUUUGGAGUGGAGCUGGACACUAAAGCCCCACCCAUACAGGUCCUGCAUGAUCUACUUCAAAAGGAGGCAGUGCCAGUGGUUCAAGACACACCCACUGCUCUGUUAACCCCGCCUCCUCUUAAAAAGAGCAAGCCCUCACUAGCAAUAAAGAAAACACCAAGUGAUUCAUCAAAAGUUGUAACCUGUGAGUUUUGUGGGGAGAAUUUUAAGAAGACACAGAGCUUGGCGAGCCACGCCCGCUCUCACCUGCGCCAACUCGGUGUCACUGAUUGGACAGCUUGCGGCUCACCGAUGGCAACACUUAGAGAGAUAAUGGCUCACCGUAGCUGUAGUAGUUUAUCUCGACCUACACAGAUCACACCGUUGACUCCAGCUCGAGCCAAGUCUCCAUCUGUAGCUCCACCCACUCCAGCACCAGGUCCCACCACAGGCCGAGUGCCAAAAGCUAGAAAGGGCUCGAGGAUGGUCGUGUCUAAACCGAAGGAAGAGCCGGUGGAGUUGGACAUCUCUGCUGAACAAUCCAGAAAAACUACACCUACACCUCCAUCUCACAUAAAUGUAACUAGUGACCAAUCAGCUGCUGAUCACACGACAGUUCCAGCCGGUCACAAUAUAACUACAGUCCCCAAGGUGGAGGUGGGCGUGGCCGAGUCAGUGAAGUGUGAAUACUGUGGUGAUUUGUUCGAUAGCCGUAAAGCUCUAUCAUGCCACGCCCGCGCUCAUCUGCGCCAACUUGGGGUGAAGUGGGCACCAUGUGCUUCUCCCAUCGACACGCUGCAUGAGCUGAUGAUCAGAGAGGGUGAAGGGCAAGAGCCCGAAAACACACCAUCACCUGUGGACUUGUGCAGAGAGAAAGCAGAGACCGACCCCAUAGCAUGUGAGGCUACCUGUGAGCUCUGUGGAUUUGACUUUGAAAACAGGAAAGCAUUAGCCAGUCAUGCACGUGCACACCUCCGCCAGCAGGGUGAGCAGUGGAGCUCCAGCCAGUCGCCAAUUGCUGCCCUCAGCCAGUGGAUGAGCAGAGAGCCUGAGAAGGUUGCUGCCCUUCAUCAGCUCUACAUGCAGGGGACGUUACCGCAGAUCCGCAAGAGACGUGUCUGCUCUCCAUUUCGCUCCUCUGAUGCUGACUCUGCCUGCCCCGGUGUAAGUCGCCCUUCUCCUGCAGCUCGUCAGGGCAAAACAGGUCUUUCUUGCCCUUCCUCCUCCCGUAGGAAAUUGUCAUCCCAUCGCUCCGCCCCCCACUCAGCUGUGGGUCAUGGUUCUGACUGUCGGCCUCCUAAACUGUUCCCACUCAGAAUGGAGGGGGCAGAGGCUCUAAAGCGUGUGGGUAAUGCCCCUUCUUUGGUGCCCCGCCCACCAGAAACCAGUCUGGUUAAAGUGGUGGGGAAGAUCUAUUCCCUGAAGUGCAGGUUCUGUGAGCAGGUGUUCAGUGGACCCCUAUCUGUGCAAGAAGACUGGCUGAUUCAUCUGCGACGUCACAUCCUGAAUCUCAAACCGGAUCAUGUCCACAGCCCCACCUCCAUAAUGCCCCAUUCAGAAUCUGCCCAGCUGAUUGGCCAAACUGUGUAGGGACGUGGGGCAAAGUCGCUCUCAGUGGUUUUUAUGUACUAAUUGUUUUAUAAUGUAUUUCUAACUUUUUUAAUAAAGAAACCAAGUGUAUAGUGUUUAUAGGCAGUGAUGUCAUGGACAUGGGGAAGCAGGACACAUCGUCACUAACCCUCUCACUGCAUCUUUACAUCACUGUAUAAACAAUUAUUUUUUUAAGAGUGUUUCAUACAGUGAGGUGUGUGUGUGUGUGUGUGUGUGUGUGUGUGUGUGUGUGCGUGUGGGGCUCAGAUGUUCAGGACCAAAAUACUGAUUUGUUUUAUUUUAUUUGAGGUGAAUAUUAUGUGUACAUCCACACAAUAAAAUCUUCUGACCGUGA